AUGGAGGAUAAUCCGACCCCGUCUUCUUUGGGUGAUAUUGACGCUACAGUACCUACAUCUAAUCCGGAAAGCGUUGCGCCUCUGAGUGUACGCUCAGACGCGAACCAUGUUCUGCACUCCCACAUUGGAGUUCAUCACGCACAUCCUGAAGCUAUGCUGCUUGGUCACUCAGCAACGGAUGUUUCGCUCUCCAUGCAAACAAUCCAGCCAAGUGCCUUAACGGUCGAAGAUGCCGAGGAGAUGCCGAGUGGAUCAGUUCGUCUUGGACCCUCUGAGUUCGCAGUCACACUUCCAAUGGACUCGCGUGUAAAAGACUGCUAUGACAGGGUGAUAGCUGAUGCAUCGCCUAUCUUGAAAGAGCUUCUUCCAAGUUCUGCGCACUCGAGUCAGAUCUUGGACACGAAGCGCGAUGAACUCUUGGCUAAAACUCAAGAGGUUGUAAUGAAGUUGAAUAAUGUCUCAAUUCAUCCGGAUCUGAACAUUGUUCAACACGUGCUGUACGAAGACUCCAAGCUUGAUCGAGAAGCUGAGUGGGCUGAGUACUCGAGCGCUAAGUUUCGGCUGCUCGGAUGGCUCAUCAGAGUUGGCUGUGAUCACGACCUUCACGUGAUUCUCGCUGUUUCAGGUGAAGACAAACGGCAAAUAGUCGAGCGCUACCUUCUUGGCAAGGGCUUCAGCUUUACCAAGCCUCGAGAUCAGCUCGGAGGUAAUUUGGAGAUCUCUCUGCAAAAGGACGCCCUCAGCUUUGCCAUCCACUUUGAUGACAGUGUGCGAGGGGCUUUCAAGCCACCAUCUGCAGUGUUCGUAUUUGACACAUCCUACAAGCUGGAUCGUCCCGCCGUACAGCACAUGAGGACAACCUACUCAAGGAAUGGUGCUCUCCUUCCGGUCAUUUGGUUCCUUAUUUCCAACUCAUGUGAGCACAUUGAACGCUGUCUUCCUCCACUCCCAGAGUUGGAGAGGCUCGGCCUUUUAAUGCAGUACACGACUUCUUUUGCCGAGGAAGUUGGGGACUUGCAAGAUGAUGCUUUGAACGUCUGCGAAGAUGCCGAAGAAAUAUUGCGGUUCAUUUCAGAUCCAUUUAUUUCUUGGCCAAUACCGACGAUUGAGCCGUUGCCAUUUGUUUCGCCGGACGAGUCGAGCUCAAGCCCUCUGUCUUCUGACGAGCCCACGCGUGCCACUCAAAAACGUGCCUUGGACAACGAAAAAGAGCCUGAAGACUACAUUUUGAAACGAACGAAACUUGACACACAAGAAACAAGUCAGAUGACGCAAUCGACGAAGCCACCCAGCCAGAGCCUUGAUCGUGAUCUUCAUUCUCUGGAGAGAAGCCUAGUCCACAUGAAGGCUGUCCACGAAUCGGAGAAGACUGCUCUUCAGCAUGAAUUGACACAAACUCUCGCGCGUCUCCGAGAGCUCGAGGCUUCUUUAAGCGAAGUUCAACACCGUUACGAAACUCGCACGGCAGACCUACACAAGGUUCGCCGAGAGCGUGACAAACUAAUUGAGGACAAAGCAUCCCUGGAGCAAAAGGUCGAAAAGCAAAAAGAGGACGCUUUGAACUGGAAGACUGCACGCUUGCAGCUUCACGCCGAGCUGGAGAAAUUAAGACAGGAAAUUCAAGACGGCGGUGGCCCCCUCUCAGAAAUGGAGCAGCUGCGGGAAGACAAUCGUCGUCUGAUGGCCGAGAAAGCAGGCCUCGAGCGAAAGGCCGAAUACGAAAAGAAUCAAGCGGAGUAUACCCGCGAGCAAUAUCAGACUGCCUCUCGAGCCGCCGCGCAGUCAGGAAAUGAGCUUCGUCAGCUGCAAGAAGAGAAAGACGCCCUGGCUCGCAAACUCCAGAGCAAUACUAUCCAAUUGCGGGAAAUAAACAUCAAAGCAGACUCGGCACGUCACCUCGCUCGAAUUAAUGAGCUGGAACUCAUUCUUGCAUCUCGUGAUGACCUGUUACGGAAGAAAGAAGACGAGCUACGGGAGAUUCGAAAGAACCGACCCUCAACCCGAUCCACAAGUUCCCAGCCCCGUAGUCCAAAAUGGGCUACGAGUAGCCGCCCCACAAGCCCGGGAGUUGGCUACAAUGGUAAUGGCAACGGCAACGGCAACGGUAAUGGAAACGGCUUUGGUGGUCGAGCUAGUGCUCUACGGUACAGCUCUGAGAUGCCAUUUUGA